UUAGAAUGAAGGGGUGAACUAGUUAAUUACCAGCCCAAGUGUGAGGUUUCAGUCCUUUCAUUCACUUACCUAUACAGUUUUUGUUGCGCCGCUUGAGAGAUCUAGAUCUUUAUCGUAAUCGGAGGGCGAUGAAAACUUGGAGAAUAAUGGAGCCAACGAAGAAAUUUGCAACAAUAGUUAUUCUUCUGAUUUGCAUCCUUCUUAGCCAAGCUCAUCGGGAGCAUAAGGUUCAUAAUAUUGUACUUUAUCCCGAUAAGCAUAGUUGGUGCAAAACAACACCAAUCAAGCAAGUUGUAACUUGGCCUCAAUGUUCUUCGCAAGAACUUGACAACAACGUCUGUGUAGGAGCCUGUUUCUCUUACAUGGUACCUCAUAGCGAGCCUUCAGCUCCAGGAGACCUUAUCAGACCUUAUUGUGACUCUUGCCAGCCUUUAGAUAGCAUAUGGCAUACAGUAACUUUAGAUUGCAAAGAUGAGGACAAUAAUCCAACAAAAAUGUUGAAAAAAGUCCAAAUUAUAACAAAUUGCUCAUGUAGCUCCUGCAUGGAAACAUCAAGAAUUAAAUCUGACUAUAAUACACUUUUACAAUCAAUUGUCGAUAUAAAUAUUGACAAGAAUGUCAAUCAAGUUCAUGAAACACCUGAUCUACUAUUGAACCCUAAUUUAAAUUCGUCUAAAAAUGUGACAAAAGACGGAGUCCAAGCCAAUGAACGAUUUUUACAAUUAUUCAAACACUUGAAGGAUAAUAAGAAAAUUGAUGAGGCAGUGGCAAAAGAAAUAUUCACCAAGUUUGAGGAAGAAGUUGAUCUGGAGAAUCUAAAAGAAUUAUUGAAGAAAUAUGGACAUGAGGAUGAGUAUGAGAAGCACCAGAGUCACCAUAAUCAAGUCAAAAUCUACAAAGAACAAGAAGAAAUUGAAAAGAGUCAUCAUCAUGAAAACCAUCAUCCAGGACAUCAUAUUGGACCCCAUCAUUCCAUUGUAUUGGAUUCUGAUGUGAAAGAAAAAAUAGAUGUUGAACCACAUUAUUUACAUCCCGCUGUAGCAGGCCAAGAAAUAAGUUAUCAUGACAAUGUAUUGGUUGAUAAAAGUAAAAAAAAAGACUUUUAAAUAAAAGUAUUUAAUAAAGUGAAUAUACAAAUUA